AUGAGUACAACACAAGAAUUCUCACGGCCUGACUUGGUGCGUCGGUUCACUUCUGAGCUCAAAGACGAUUCAGAUUUAGCCUCUCAGGUCAAGUUAUACCAAGAGGAUUUGGACACAGAGAUUAAUGCGCAAGAGAAACUGCGGAUGGAUCGCAUUUAUCAUGGUCAACUGCCAGUAGAGAGUUCUUUGAAAGGGCUUGAACUAGCGCGUCAAACGCUUCAAUCCAAAUGCGAUGAAUUCUUCAAGUCUGUGGAUGCAAAGGCAGAGGCCGACAAGAGCAAAUCAGGACUCUCCCGACUGUUGCAUCGAAACGCGACCGAGCAGAAACUGGCUCAUCAUAUCCGCCAACGCGGAGAACUCACGGUGAACCAAGUCACUUCUAUCAUCAAUGAGGUGGAGGCUCAAUGGACAGAGUCAAACAGCAAGGCGGCGACGAACUUCGUGAAGAUAUGCCAAAGGUUCGACGCACAUAAACAAAUCUUUCAGUGCUUCCCAAGUCAAACCUCCUACACAUCCGCUCUGUGUGGUGCCAUCACGAUGGUCAUCCAGGCUUCGGUCAAUUACUCGACUAUUGCGGAACGGCUGUCGGGCUACGUAGCGGAGCUGUCAGAAAGCAUCGCUCUUUGUACACAGUGGCUCGACCUUUAUUCCAACCCGGCCAUGCAAGCACGACUGUCCGAUAUCUAUACGCAGUACUUCCAAUUUUUCAUCAAGGUAGCCACUUGGUAUUUGAAGCCCAAACCUGCAAAAUGGCUCGAUUCGUUCAACUCAAAUUUUACGACGGACUACGAGGACACGACAGAAACGAUCAAACGGUCCAUUCAACUCAUCCGUGAGCAGGCCUUGGUCGAGAAUGCAUGGCAGCUAAAUAGGCUUGAUCAGUCAUUCACCUCCUUUGAAAAGAGGCUCUUUGCAUGGGUGAAGGAAAUUCGAAAAGAGAAAAAUGAGGCCGGGGGAACAAUGACAGCCUUGAUGCUACAGAUGACUGAACGCAUGAAUCUGUGGGAAGAACGGUUCGAAUUUAUGCAGCUACAAGCUCAGCACGAGACCGGGGGAACAAUAGAAGGAGGGAUUAAUUCAAUAGACGAAAGAGAGGUUGCAGAAAUUGUUGAUAUUCCUCGGGGCCUCAGCAGAUCCGAGGCCAACUGGGUCUGCCAACGUCUUCAACCACACAUUGAUCGCAUAGGAGGCUCUGAUGGAAUCAGACUCGCCCUUCAAACGGGACGGCUUGUCGCUGAGCCUACUAUUGUGCAGCCCCUCGGAAACUGGGCACAGGCUACGUCGGGCAAUGCUCUCAAACUUUGGAUUGUCAGCCCUUUCGAAACAGGCCCACGAACUAGCGCCCAGCUCGCCGCUCUCGGGGUUAUUUGGACGGCAAUCCGAGCCCGAGCUCAGUUUCUCUCGUACAUCUGUCAACGACCCCAGUACGGCACUAUCCCUGAGAUGCACAACGUCGAAGACAAAGCUGGCAUGAUGGCGAUGGUUUAUAGUUUGAUCUGUCAGCUUCUGCAAUUCCAACCGCCUGAUGACAGGGUAUGCCUACAGCCGGAGAUGCUCGAUCGACUCACGCAGCCAGGGGAGCGCUGGACAACGGGUUUAAUGCUACUUAAACACCUGCUGGAAAAUACGCCUACCCUGCGCUACUGCAUCAUCUCCGGGAUCAACCUUCUCGAAGGAGGCGCACGGGAAAUGUGUCGGGAGUUUGUGGACUUGCUCUUUUCACUUGCCAGGAAUGCCGAUUGGCCCUUCCGAAUUCUUUUUACUACGUCGGGGCAGUCAAGAGUGCUUGAUGGUACUGUGGAUGAGCAAAUCAAACUCAUGUCUCACAGCACGUUUCGACAGAUGAAGGGAAGACUGGUGUAUCGAGAUAUUCAAAUGUCUGAGUAG